AUGGGAAUACCGGGGGAGCUGCUAGACGGAGUGCCGAUGAGUGGUGGCAUGCGGCCCAUAAACUCAGCCCCCGGCAUGUCCGGUGGAAUGCAGACCGGUGGCAUGCCGGGCAACGUUGUGGCAAUGUCGACAAUGCCUCGUAUGGUGCAAGGUGCGCCUGGUGCCUCCACAGAAGCUGUCAUGGCACAGGGCUGUGCCGUUGAUGGGCAAGGCUUUGCAUACCCUGGCUUCCAGGGACAAGGGAUGAUCCUGCAGCCCAUGCAGACGUUUCCUGGUGCACAGUUGCACCUGGUACCGGUAGCUUCAGCUGCUGCCGGGAACAACACGCGCUUCCGUGGCAGAAUAAAGUCGUUCAAUGCGAAGCAAGGAUUCGGCUUCAUAGAAAACUCAGAGGCAUUCGCAAUCUUCGGCAGGGACGUCUUCCUCCACAAGGCACAGAUUGGCAACCUCAAGGUUGGGACUGAGGUAACCUACACAGUUGAGAUGAACAAGUUUGGUAUGCCUCAGGCACGCGAUCUGGCCACUCUGGAUGGGAAACCUCCGGGCCCUCCACCUGCAAGCGUUGCCAAGGGUGGAGCAAAGCCAAGAUCGUCUGCCAAGAAGAAGGCGAAGGACGAAGAUGGUGCCAAUCCAAGGAAAGCAGCGCCCAAGGCCGGUUCGACGGAAAUGGCUGGCCCGACAGGUCACCUCCCCGGACGGGGUGGGAGCUGCAGUUAG